CUGCUCACAACAGACAAGCUAACCUAGCGACUGAGAGCCGUGAAAUCUGCUGCUAACGUUUCUAUCGAACCGCAGACACAACAAAGGCACAUCUGACUGUAAGGCUCUAACAAGUGGAUAUUUAAAGCUGGUGAAAUGAGCCACAAUGACCAGUUUCCCCUUGACUGCAAGGUUUAUGUUGGAAAUCUAGGAAACAAUGGAAACAAGACAGAGUUGGAAACUGCUUUUGGGUACUAUGGCCCCUUGAGAAGUGUUUGGGUUGCCAGGAAUCCCCCAGGCUUUGCUUUUGUAGAGUUUGAAGAUCCCAGAGAUGCAUCCGAUGCUGUGAAAGAACUGGAUGGAAGAAACAUGUGUGGCUGUCGAGUGCGUGUUGAGUUAUCCAAUGGGGAAAAGCGCUCAAGGAGUCGUGGCCAUCCUCCAUCCUGGGGUAGGCGCCCUCGCGAUGAUUUUAGGCGACGUAGUCCUCCAGUCAGACGCAGGAGGAGAAGCCGCAGUCGCAGCAGGUCUCUUUCAAGAGACAGAGGCAGACAGCGGUCUCUCUCCCGAGACAAGAAAUGCCAAAGAUCCAUCUCACGGUCAAGGAGUCGUUCCCGUUCUAACGAAAGAAAAUGAGUACCUCAGACAAUGGUUCAUCUGCAGGAUCUCACCAUGCUUAGGGGGGAAAAACAAUUUUUUAUAGCCAUGUUUUCUUUUCUCGAGGGAUGGCUGAGUUACAUAUUGUGUAAUGGAAGUCCGUUGAAUUAACAACAAAGGACCUAAGUCUUUUCUCCUGAAGUAAAUUCUGUCUUACCCUGCAUGUUUAAAAUGAUAUACUGGAUUUAGUUUGACAUUACCAUCCUGUUUUUAAACUGUUGAAUUAAAGCUCAUGUUGUGUUUUUUUUUAUUUGUUUUUGUUUGCUUUUUUAAAUUCUUGGUUUUAGAUGACUGGCAGUGGGUUAAGGUGAGAUGCACCACCAGUUAAAAGCAUACUUCAUACCAGUGACAGAAAUGAGACUGGCAACAAAUGUUAAAUACUGGUGCUGUUAUUUUCAGGCUAUUCUUUAAGCCAGAAACAUGUUCUGUAAUUCUGUAUUUUACCUAUGUCAAUUUUGCCAAGAAAGGCAUUUACUCUAUUCAACUUUGCUUGACUCUCUGAGCUCUGACAACUUGUGCUGCUGCAGUUAAAAAAAAACUUGUUCAAUAAAUGGUUUUCCAAGGUGACUAAA